AUGCCUGAAAUGACCGAGAAGGGGAGGCCAUCAGCUGGCUCCUCGUGCAGGUCUUGGAACCGAAAGUUCCGGUCGAGAGGGCGGUGUUCCACGACAUCACCCAGGAGACACUCGUCAAGGCGUUCGAGGGAAAGCACGCAGCAGCUGGUGGAAGCGGGCGCGGCGUGCGUGGCCGCCAGGUCCCUUCUGUCGUCCGCCGCGAAAUACCUCCGUGCCCACCUGUCCCCCACCGGAGGUAGCCCGCUGCUGCCCGAGACCUUCGCGAAGGCUACCAGCAACAACCCACGCAGCGGCGGCGGCGGCGGCGGCGGCGGCGGCGGCAACGUCUAUGGCAGCCGCGGAGCACGACGAAGCCACGCCGACGCGGACAGCAGCGAUACCGGAGGCGUAGUCGACCUCAACGCGGGGGAGGCAUCAGGCCCGGGGUCCUCCUCUCUUCUCUCCGACCUCGUCUGGCGCUACCCUGAGCUCGGAGCAAGAGGCAGGGUUUGUGUCGCCGCGCUCCGCCGGACCGCGCGACAGGUAGCUGGAAGUGGCGGCGGCGGGGGUAAGGGCGGUGGUUCGGCGGGGGUUAGGGGCUCGGCCGCCUCGACGGAGGGGGAUGAGGAGGAGGAGAGAGCGGCGACGCGGCUUGAGGGAGGGCUGAGCCUGGAGUUGAUGCCUCUGGAGUGCUUGUGCCGCCUCGUCAACGCCGACGUGGAGAACUACGUUAUCGCCACCUCAACAGCGGCGAUGGCAACAUCACCAACGACGGCAUCGUCACCCCGAGGCGAGGAAGAAACGUCGAGCACCAGCAACGGCCGCUACGUCGAGAAGAAUGACGGAAGAUGCCGGUCAGCAGAGGACACAGCAAUGGCAACCUCCACGACAGCAAUGGGGAGUCUCAUGGACGGCGUGAAGACACCUUCUGUCGUGCUCGUGGCGUACGUGGAGCUGCUCAGGACGCUUGUCACACGCCUCGAAAGCGGCGGUGCUCGCGAGGGGGGGGCGGCCCUCGAAGAAGGGGGGGCGGGCGGUGGGGGGCCCGCGGGGGUGGCGCUGGGGGUGCGGGCGCUAGACCUGGAGACGCUGUUUCGCGGGACUGUCAAGUGCAGCAAGGCUCUGCCAAUCCUGCGCAAGGCGCAGGCGACCUCCAAGACCGCCCUCCUCGCCAAGCUCACCCCUCAGAAGCGACGACGAGAAAGCUUCGCCGCGUUGCAGAACAAGAAGAAGACAUCGGUGUCUGCGCAGCGACGGAACGGUCGCAACAGCAGCGGCGGUGGGCGGGCGGCGGCGGCAGCGAGCGCAGAGACAACCAAGCGCCGAACCCGCUCCAUUGACGCCUCCCGCGGCGGGGGGUCUAGGGGCACCGCGCGAUGGCUCGGCGGCGACAGUGUGAGGAGGCGGGGGGGGAGAGGGGUUAUCGGUGGGCUUCGAGGGGUCAUGGAGGGCGGAGACAGCGACAGUGACGAUGAGGAGGAGGAGGAAGAGGAAGAGGAUGAGGUGGUUUUCUCGGACGAGGAGUCUAGGGAUUCUGAGUGGAGUUCUUCGGAGACGGCGGACGACACUUCCGAAGACGAAGACAGCUCGAGCGACGAAUCGGACCAGGAGGCAGAGGACGAACCCCGUUACCCCCGCGCCUCCACCCCCAAGGGUAAGAGAAGAGCGGCGGCGGCGGCGGCGGCCAGGACAGCCAAAAAGACGGGGGCGGGGGGUCCAUGGAGCGAGACACCCGCUGGCGCUCGCAGGGCCGGCGGUGCGAGCUCUUCCGUCGCCGCUGGCGGCGGCAGGACAGCGGACGUCGAGGCCAACCCUUGGGAGGGCCUGCCCGGGCUGAGCCUUUGUCAGUUCUGGCGGUACAGGCUGUUGCUGGAGGUGGUGCUGGCGGCGAGAGGGGGUGACGGCGGUGGGGAUGAGCGCAGCGACGGUGGGGGGUGGGCCGAGCUCCCCCGGACGGAAUUUGUGGAGGUCAUGAAGCAGCUUGCCGCGGCUACCUCUUCCCGUCCGGCCUCGACCGCCGCCAUCGACGAGACCGGCGGCGGCGGCGGCGAUGACCUUUACGAUGCCGAGGACGUGGUAUUCUCGGAGCUGUCCGAACAGCACGACAAGGCGGAAGACGGACUCUUGGCAGGCAUGGUGGUGGAGGUGCUGGCCGCGCUGUCCGCGGGACUCCCGAGGUCGGAAGAGGCGGCCGUGCUGUCGUGGAAGGGGCUGCGUGCAGUGUAUCCCCGGGGUUACGGUGCCGGCUAUUCGCGCGUCGGAGGGGUCGUUGGGGGCCUUCGAAGGCAGGGAGCGUCCCUGCUGUCGUCCCCUGUCUCUCUGCGAUUCUUCCUCCACCUCCACCGGUACAGCGGUACCACCAGUCGUCUCCGGGGACAGCUGCAGUUUCCCCCGCACAUGGGAAACGCCUCCGUGAUGCUCUCGAGGACCGGUUUGCCCGCCCUACCGUUCCUGCAGCACGCGCUCCUGACGCACUGGGCGCUGUCCGGAAGGAUGGGGAGGGCGUGGGGUCUAGCAGCUGCCGUGGUCGACAUGGAGGCGUUCGUGCUGGGGAAGACGGGUCCAACCUGCAAGAGCAGCGAGGAACCUGCGUUCAGACGACAGUCAUCGUCAGCCAGACACAAGGCGACACCCUCCUCUUCCUCUUGGUCGUCAUCGCCGCCCACGCCGACGCCCGUCCUCUCCCAGGAGAACUUGGACGUCUUCAUCGCCGCCGUGGUGAAGCUGUUGCCGACAAGCCUCGCCCUAGCCUCGCCGCAAAAACCACUGACGGGACCCCCAGCAACAAGUGUCCGAGGCGGCGCGACACGGAACGAUGUGACGGGUAGCGGAGUCAUCUACGCCGAAAGUGGAUCCAGAGUAAGGGGGCCCAUCCCCGGGGUUUCCAGCAGCCCUUACGAGGAGCUGGAGUGCCUCGGCAUGGUGCUGGAGUGUCUGGUAGAAGCGUGCAUCGAGAGCCUGUACAACGGGGCGUGGAACUCGUCUGCGGGAGCGGAAGAGCUAACAGCACUAGGCAGGCUGCUGCGGCGGUGCGUGCUGCCCGUGGCCUUGUGCUGCUCCAAGACCCUCAGGACGCUAGAGAGCCAACUGGAGCGAGCUCUCGCCUGGAGGUGUUCCCAAACGUUGGACGUGAAAGGCGUGCGGGAUAGGGGAAAGAGUGCUACUGUCCCCGGUGGUUCAACCGAGGGGGUGGACUUUGGUGCGGCGAGGCUGUGCAGAGGGCUGCUGGAGCAAUGCGAUCUGUGUGCCGACGCCGUCAGGAUGCUUGGCACGGCGAGAAAGACGGGGGUGCAGAUGCCCCCUCUGCCCUGA